CAUCUGGAGAGACCAGUGUCACCAGCCCCCAGUUAUCUAUUCAUGAAGAGUUAUCUAUGGCUAACCCUUCUGUAUUCAAGGAGGGAGACUUAACUAAAGAAGAGGACAUCAUGACAGGGGAGGUGGUCUGUGAAGUCUGUGAGGUCCAAGCUGUGAAGUUCUGUCUGACCUGCACUCAGUCCUACUGUGAGACCCACGUUAGGAAGCACUACACAGUACCUAAACUACAGAGACACACCCUGGUGGAGGUGACUGGAGACCUGGAGGAGAGACUCUGUCAGGAGCACCACAGAGCUCUGGAGGUGUUCUGCAGGACAGACCAGAAGCUGAUCUGCAGUCUGUGUGUAGUAACAGAACACAAAGGACAUGAUGUAGUCUAUGAAGAGAGAAAACAAGCAGGAAGACAGUACUUCCUGCUCCAGACCAGCUGAAUGUUGACUCAGUGG